AUGACUCUCUCUUAUGGACAUGCAUUCUUUCAUAUACUCAUCUUUGUAUCACUCUCAAUAUUCCUAGUGACCCCUUCCUCUUGUCUUAAUCCUAGGAAGCUUCUUAAUUUUACUUCAUACUCCUUAUCUGUUUCAGAUUCAUCUACAAUGGCUACUUUUUAUGGACCUCCCAACGGUGAUGGAAGUGAAAGUGGUGCUUGUGGAUAUGGAAAUAAAGUUGGGUUGCCUCCAUUCAACUCCAUGAUAUCUGCAGGAAACCAUGUCAUCUUUGCAUCAGGAAAAGGCUGUGGUUCUUGUUAUCAGAUGAAAUGCACAGGAAAUUCUGCAUGCUCAGACAAUCCUAUUACCGUUUUUAUCACAGAUUAUUGUCCUGAAUGUGAUCAUUAUUUUGAUUUAAGUGGUAAAGCUUUUGGUUCUAUGGCAAUUUCUGGUCAAGCUGACAAGCUACGCAUUGCUGGAAAAGUUCCCGUUCAAUAUAGUAGAGUUGCAUGCAACUACCCUGGUGUAUCAAUAGCUUUUAGUGUGGACUCUGGAUCUAACCAAAAUUAUUUUGCUACCGUAAUUGAAUAUGAGGAUGGGGAUGGUGAUCUCAAAACCGUUGAACUCAAAGAAGCACUUAACUCAGCAAAUUGGGAAAGCAUGCAACAAUCAUGGGGUGCUGUUUGGAAAAUUAAUAAAGGGGCACCAUUGAGAGCACCAUUUUCUAUUAGGUUAACUACAAUUGAAUCUGGCAAAGUAUUUGUUGCCAAUAAUGUCAUCCCUGCAGGUUGGAAGCCUGGUCAAAUUUAUAGAGCAGUUGGAAAUUUCAACUAG